AUGGCCUUGGGAAAUCACAGCACCAUCACUGAGUUCCUCCUUCUUGGACUGCCUGCUGAUCAUCAAACCCAGGCCCUAGUCUUUGUGCUUUUCCUAGUAAUUUACCUCCUGACUCUGUCAGGGAACCUGUUGAUGAUCUUGGUUUUCAGGGCCAAUUCUCACCUUCACACGCCCAUGUACUUCUUCUUGAAUCACCUCUCCUUCCUGGAUCUCUGUUAUUCUUCAGUCACUGUGCCCAGGAUGCUAGAGAACCUCCUGUCUGAGAAGAAAACCAUCUCAGUGGAGGACUGUUUGACCCAAGUUUUCUUUGUGCUUGCCUCUCGGGGAACAGAGCUCUGCCUCCUUGCAGUGAUGGCGUAUGACCUCUAUGCUGCCAUUUGCUACCCUCUACUCUAUGGUCAGAUAAUGAGCAAUGAGCUGUGUGUGGGACUGGUAUGGGGAUCCUGGGGUCUGGCCUUUUUGGAUGCUCUCAUCAAUACCCUCCUAGCUUGGAAUUUGGACUUCUGUGAGACUCAAGUCAUCUACAACUUCAUUUGUGAGAUUCCAUCUCUGUUCCCUCUCUCCUGUUCCAAUAGCUCUGUUAACUUUGCAGUCCUGCUCUUCUGCCUCCUGCAUGCCUUUGGGACCUUCCUUCUGGUCUUCUUCUCUUACACACGUAUUGUUGCCACCAUUCUGAGCAUCAGCUCUACCUCAGGCAGAAGUAAGGCCUUCUCCACCUGCUCCUCCCACCUCACCACAGUAAGCUUACUUUAUGGCUCAGGUUUUCUUCGCUAUCUUAUGCCGACCUCAGGCUCCCCAUGGGAGUUGGUUUUUUCCAUGCAGUACAGUGUGGUCACUCCCCUAGUGAAUCCCCUUUUCUACAGCCUAAAGAACAAGGAAGUAAAAACAGCUCUAAAAAACAUGUUUCAGAAAAGUUUACAACAUCUCAGGUAG